AUUACCACUACGUGGCGUUGUAUAUUCGGGCGCGAUUUACGGAAGAUGGCGGAUAACCGAGAUGAAUCUGAGUCAAAAGUAUUGGUUAAUGUACAUACAGAUGAUAGCGGAAUUACUAUGCUGGACGUUUUAGAGGAAGAGCAAGAAUUAGAAGAAGAUGCUAAUGCAGUAUUAGGAGGCAGUGAUGAUCAAAAUUGCACAUAUUCCCAAGGUUAUAUCAAGCGCCAAGCAUUGUAUGCAUGCCGAACUUGCUCUACUCCUGAUACUGAACCAGCUGGAAUUUGUUUAGCUUGCAGUUAUGCAUGUCAUGGAGAACAUGAGUUAUAUGAACUCUAUACUAAAAGGUAUUUAAUAUUUAUUGGUUUAUUAAAAUUUAUUUCAUAAUUUUAUUUUAGUAAG